CCCGCCGCCGCCGCCAUGGACGGCGUCCAGCCCGCCUGACGGCAGCGGCGCGCAGCUCGAGUGCACGCGCGUCAUGUCCGUUGGCACCGCCAUGCGGACCCCGCUGCAGACGGUGCCCGAGACGCUCACCACGGACCAUGUGGCCGUCGGCAAAGCCAACAAGGAGUCGACCCGCGCGCGUCCCGACGCCGAGCCGCACAUCGGCAAGUACCAGCUGCUCAAGACCAUCGGCAAGGGCAACUUCGCCAAGGUCAAGCUGGCCAAGCACCUGCCCACCGGCGAGGAGGUGGCCAUUAAGAUAAUCGACAAGACGCAACUAAACCCGGGCAGUCUGCAGAAGCUGUUCCGGGAGGUGCGCAUCAUGAAGAUGCUCGAUCAUCCAAACAUAGUGAAACUAUACCAGGUGAUCGAGACGAAGAAGACGCUGUAUCUGGUGAUGGAGUACGCCUCGGGCGGCGAGGUGUUCGACUACCUCGUCUUCCACGGCCGCAUGAAGGAGAAGGAGGCGCGCCUCAAGUUCCGCCAGAUCGUCUCGGCCGUGCAGUACUGCCACCAGAAGAAGAUCAUUCACCGCGACCUGAAGGCGGAAAACCUGUUGCUAGACAGUCAAAUGAAUAUCAAAAUAGCCGACUUCGGCUUUAGUAACGAAUUCACGCCAGGCAGCAAGCUGGACACGUUCUGCGGUAGCCCGCCGUACGCCGCUCCCGAGCUCUUCCAAGGAAAGAAGUACGACGGACCGGAGGUGGACGUGUGGUCGCUGGGUGUCAUCCUCUACACGCUGGUGAGCGGCUCGCUGCCGUUCGACGGCUCCAACCUCAAGGACCUGCGGGAGCGCGUGCUGCGCGGCAAGUACCGCAUCCCCUUCUACAUGUCGACCGACUGCGAGAACCUGCUGCGCAAGUUCCUCGUGCUCAACCCGACCAAGCGCGCCAGUUUGGAGCAGGCCAUCAUGCGGGACAAGUGGAUGAACUCGGGCUGCAACGAGGACGAGCUGAAGCCGUACGUGGAGCCGGACCCGUGCAUGGACGACCCGCGUCGGAUAGAGCAGCUGGUGGCGCUGGGCCACGCGCGCGCCGACAUCGACGAAAGCCUCCGGCUCUGCAAGUUCGACGACAUCUACGCCACCUACCUGCUGAUGAACCGGCGAGCGACUGACCUGGAGAGCGACGGCUCGCAGUCGGGCUCGUCGCUGUCGCUGCGGCACCUGGGGCCGGGCACGCCGGCACCGCAGCCCACCAGCCUGCAGUCGCCGCCCCACUCCAAGGUGCACCGCUCCAUCUCGGCCACCACCAACAGCAAGCCGAAUCGGCGCGCCUCGUCCGGCGUGAAUGCGUCGUCCUCCGCGCACCCGGCGCCCGCCAACCACACGCACUUCAAGCGCCAGAACACGGUCGACUCGGCGACGAUCAAGGAGAACACGGCGCGGUUGAGCGCGGCGGCCGCCGCCAGCCGCGCCGCCGCCGCCGCCGCCGCCACGACGCCAUCGCCGGCGGGCGGCGCCGGCGCCGCUGGCGAGGCGGCCGAGCCGGCCAGCACGCCGGUGCCGCCGCCGGCCAAGCCGCGCGUGCCCAAGGCCAGCUCGGCGGCGGCGCGCACCAUCGGACCGUCCGGACUGCGCCGCUCGACGCACUCGUACGACGCCAAGGUGGCCGCGGCGGCCGUGGCCGGCGCCGAGGGCAAGACGCACGGGGCCGACGUCAAGGACGUGACCAGCGGCGCCGGCCGGCCGGGCGCGCCUCUGUCGCCGCGCGCCGCCGGCCGCAGCGCGCCCUUCACGCGCAACAUCGUGAGUCGCUCGACGUUCCACUCGGGCCAGACGCGCGCCGCCGGCCACCGGCCGGCCGGGGUCAGCCCGCACCACGACACCAACCGCACCUCGUUCUUCUCCAAGCUCUCGUCCAAGUUCGCCAAGCGACCGGGAGACGUUACCAUGCCCACCCCUACCAGGCCGACCACUGACCGGCACGGAGCGGACUCGCCAGUGCCGACCCCGACCCGGCCGGCUGUUGACCGGCCGGUGAUGACGACGCCGAUGACGGCCAGCAACGGCGAGCCGGAGCCGGUGAAGCCGCGCAGUCUGCGCUUCACCUGGAGCAUGAAGACCACCUCGUCGCGCGACCCGCAGGAGAUCAUGGACGAGAUCAGGAAGGUGCUGGACGCCAACAGCUGUGACUACGACCAGCGCGAGAAGUUCCUGCUGCUGUGCGUGCACGGCGAUCCGCGCACCGACUCGCUCGUCCAGUGGGAGAUCGAGGUGUGCAAGCUGCCCCGCCUCUCGCUCAACGGCGUGCGCUUCAAGCGCAUCUCGGGCACCUCCAUCGGCUUCAAGAACAUCGCCAGCAAGGUGGCCAACGAGCUGAAGCUGUGACCCGUGGAGGCGCCGCCGCCGCCGGAGCCGGGCCGGCCGGCGACGGCGACGGCGGCGCGCUGCUCGUGUCGGCCGGUGCCGCCGCCGCCGCGACGCCGCCACGCCCACUGAGCGCCGCGUCCCGCCCGUUGUUUUCCUUUUAUAUAAUUGUUACGUCUAUGUGGCGGCCGGCGGGCGGACGGACGGGCGGCCGGCGAGCGGACGCCGGCGGGCGUCUUCCGGGCGCGGCCCGCGGCCGCGGCUCAACUCCGGUGCAGCUACCUUCCGCGGGGCCGCGGGCGCGCCGCCCGCCGCACCGCGCCGCGUCGCGCCGCGGACAAUCGGGGCUCGCGCAAUCUGUGAUCCGCUCCCCGCUGUGUGACGUGUCGUCCCCCCCCCCUCCUCCUCCCCCCCGAGGCGCGCGCGGGCGGGCGGCCCCCGCGUCGUGUCGUCGCUCUGUGGACCCGCGCGGCGCGGUUCGCGGACCGGGCCGAGAUAAUUCUAACAUUUGUGGAUGUAUUUAUUAGUAUUACGUGCAACCAUACCGCCGCCCGCCCCAGCAGCGCGCGCACGAUUGUGCAUUGAUAUCGGUUUAUCAUAUUCAUUCACCGACCGGCGUGCGCGAGGCGCCCGCCGUCCGCGCGGCGUCUGAGCGCUGUGUUUUUACGGUCAGGACCCGUGGAGGCAUCGUUGCACAAUGCUAGACGCUGUACAUAUGGGAGGGCGCGCGGCCGCUGCCGCGCGACCCGAGUGUGAUACGCGAUUGCCGAGAGAGAGAGAGAGGGGGAGAGAAUGACGCGCUGUGCUGCAGAGAAGGAGCGCGCGGCGCGAGGCGAGGCGCCGACCGGGCGCGCCCGAUUCCAGACUAAACCCGCCUAGUUACGUGCGAAUUACCGACGCGGCGGCGCGACGGCCGACUGUGUUGGGUUUCUGUUAUUUCUCUGUACAGAAUGCUAAUAGCUCUAAAAUACAUGUGAUAAAAGGAGCCGCG